UCAGCAUUCACACUGGCUGUCAAUAUUACCACUAAGAAAGUCAUGCAGCCUGAACAGAUGGGCUCUGAUGAUGAAAAUCAUGCUUCCAAUAAAACAUUCAUGUACUAUGUAAAUGAUGGAAUCCAUUGCUCCUUCAACUUGAUCUCGAGGGCUAAGACAGACAUGGUCCUAGAAGGAAAAAAAAAGAGAUCCAAAUCAGAUGAGAGACUUUACUCUAGCAGCAUUUGGGGACCAACUUGUGAUGGAACGGAUCGCAUUGUUGAACAAUGUGACCUACCAGAGCUGCAGGUGGGGGACUGGAUACUGUUUGAGAACAUGGGUGCCUACACUAUGGUUGCAUCUUCUACAUUCAAUGGAUUUCCAAGACCUACUCUCUAUCAUGUCAUGUCAAGAGCACACUGGCAAUUAAUGCAUAUUAUCCGAGAACAUGGUAUUGUUCCUGAGUUGCCAAGGCUCAAUGGUGUACAUGUUUCCUGUGCCUGGAAGAAUAGAAUGGAGCUGAAUUCCAUUGCUUGU